GUAAUUGCGUUUCACAUUCAAGAGAACAGUAGAUUAUUAUUUUGUUGUUGUUACAUCAUAUUAUAAUUUAGUAUUAACUACAGUCAUACAGUAAAAGCUAUCCCCUCACCAUAAGACCAUUUAAAAAAUGAGGCAAUUAGUGAAAUUUUCCAGCUUUGCUUUUCUUUUUUGCCUUGUUUUGCCCUUUACCGUAUGGGCCGAAGACUACCCUGAGGAUGAUGAUCUGAUUUUGUCGUUGAUUCUUCAAGACGAUACACAACCAGAAACUGGAACAGAACCAUCUGCAGAUUUUCUCAGGUGUAAUAAGGACGCCUGGCGAAUGCCGGGGCAGUAUAUUGUUAUAAUGCAUGAAGGCACUCACGAGUCUCAAGUGGAACGCACGAAGCGGAGGCUCCGGGCAAAGGCGGCGAAACGCGGAUACCUUAUAGAAGUCCUUAAGACCUUCUCAGGAGCUUUCCGAGGAUUUCUUGUCAAGAUGAGCAGCGAUGUCCUUCACCUGGCUGUCAGGUUGCCGCACGUGGACUACAUCGAGGAAGACUCUUCCAUCUUCGCACAGGGUAUUCCCUGGAAUCUGGACCGGAUUGUACAGACUAAACACACUGCUGGAAAGUACAGCCCACCAAAUAAUGGUGGGCAGGUGGAGGUCUACCUCCUGGACACCAGUAUUGAGAGUACUCACAGAGAGAUUGAGGGUCGGGUCCAGGUCACAGACUUUAACAGCGUUCCAGAGGAGGACGGAGUCUGGAUCCACCGUCAGGCCAGCACGUGCGACAGUCACGGCACCCAUACAGCCGGGGUUGUUAACGGGAGGGAUUCGGGCGUGGCCAGGGAGGCCGUUGUGAACAGCGUCCGUGUGCUGAACUGUCAGGGGAAGGGGACCGUGUCAGGGGCGCUUGCGGGCCUGGAGUACAUCCACGCAAGCCUGCUGGCCCAGCCCUACAGUCCCCUGAUUGUGCUGCUGCCCUUCGUGAGCGGGUUCAGUCGCACCCUGAACACCGCCUGCCGAGAGAUGGUGCGCAGCGGCGUGGUGGUCAUCGCUGCUGCAGGAAAUUACCGCGAAGACGCCUGCCUCUACUCGCCCGCCUCUGAACCACAGGUGAUAACUGUGGGAGCCACAAACUUUGCAGACCAGCCGGUGAACUUGGAAACAACUGGGACUAACUUUGGCCGCUGUGUUGACCUCUUUGCCCCUGGAGAUAACAUCAUCAGCGCCUCCAGUGACUGUCCCACCUGUUUCACGGCCAACAGCGGCACGUCACAAGCAGCUGCUCAUGUGGCCGGGAUUGCUGCAGUGUUUCUCAGCUCUAACUCCAACCUCACAUCCACCGAGGUUCUGCAGAGGCUACUGCGACACUCUGUGAAGCACGCCAUGGACCUCAGUGCCUUCCCCGAGGAGCAUCGUGUGACCACACCCAACAUGGUGGCUGCACUACCCACCUCCACGUCUGAAGAGGAGGAGCUGCUGUGUAGGUCGGUGUGGUCUGGGAAGUCUGGCACCUCACCUGCGGACACGGCGGGGGCCCACUGCCGACCUGGAGAAAAGAUGUUCAGCUGCUCCAGCUUUUCCCCUAACGGAGUCCGUGCAGGAGAAACCAUCACCGAGCGAGAGGGGCAGCAGAUGUGCGUCGCUCAUAACGGAGCUGGCGGACAGGGGGUGCACGCCAUUGCCCGCUGCUGCGUUUGGGACAAGGCGGAGUGCCAGGCCAGUGCCGCUGAGCAGCAGGGCACGGAGGUGGCAUGCCCCAGCCCAGACCACCAUCUCACAGGCUGCAGCUCUCACUCGGUCGGCGGGGGUACGGCCGACUCCACGCGGCCUCUCCAUGGCGACAAGAACGCGUGCUCCAGUGGGGAGGGCGCCAAACCGCACGCCUCCUGUUGCCGGGCUCCGAGCCUGCAGUGCCGCCUGAAGGAACACGCGCCACCCGGCUUCAACGAACUGGUGGAAGUGUCCUGUGAGGAGAGCUGGACUCUGACGGGCUGCAGCACCGUGUCACGCGGGUCCCUCACCCACGGGGCCUACGCCAGGGGGAACACCUGUGUGGUCAGGAGCUCCGGAGGGGGCAAGGGGGCCGAGGCCUUCGCAAUCUGCUGCCGCAGCGGCCAAGCACAGAAGCACGCCGAGAGCAACCACAAAUAACCCCGCCCGACAGAGGCACCAUCUCCUCUGCCGGAACCCCCGACCUUCUGCCCUGCUUUUACAGGGCCUUCUCAAUGCACUCAAGCUCAUUCUUCAUAAUACAUAUUUUAUACAUUCACGUGUAGAUUACCGUCAGGCUGCUUUCAAGUGCUAUCGCUAAAUGUUGAUGCACAGAGGCAAGAAGAGAUUACAUGUAGGCAGUAGGCAGCUUCCUGUUACGCAUUCCAUUUGAGUAAUGAUUUUAGAACAGAAUUAUACACUGUUCACAUCACAGUUACAGUGGUUCUGAAAGCACCAGGUGACAAAAUGUCCAAUUGACAACAAAGAAUUGUAGUGGCCGUUUGGUGAAUUGGCCAUACAAUCCGACUUUCCCACAGCCUCAUAACUUUAUAAAUACUGCAACCAUUUUGCUCAGCCGUUAUCAUUUAAAGUUUUCCUGUUGUCUUCGUAAAUUAAGUGAAGCAAUUAAUUCAGUGAUAGUAAUCCUAUUUUUUUCCAGAAAAUUCCAGUGUUAAGCGUCCAAAUUACAGGAGCUGAAGAUUUCAUUCGAAUGGCGAAACCACUAGGAAGAAGUCCACUCCGGCUUCUGAAUAAAUUGAUUCACAUAGAUUUUGAAUAUGAGGCUUUAAACUUGAUUUUGAAAAAAUAAAGGAUUCUCUGCAUUUCUUUGAUAAACCAACAAUUGCCAUAUAUAGAUAUAUACAGGGCUCACUACCUUUUCCACUGAGCUUACUGUAAUCAUUUAUGCAUGCAGGUAACACUGCAUUAAAACAUAAU